UGGCUCUGUGGAAAAAACAUGAGAAAAAGACAAAAGGCUACAUAAGAACCGGGAAGGUUUCAACUUUGUAAGGGAAUUUCCCUCUCUAAUGCCUUUAUUUCCCUAAGUUAAAUAGUUCAAAUAUUGGUGCGCAUAUUCUUUCCUCGGAUUUUUCUGUUCUUCUUUCAGUAGAAGUCCAAGUCGAAGGAUUUAUUGGGUUUUGUGUUUUGCUGUUUACCUCUUCGAAAAUUGCUUUCCUCUGUCUCUGUGGGUCUCUCACUGGCACCCUAAGCACAGCAACGACAAGGGAAGAUGAAUGCCCCAAUUAUUGAUCCGCUGCAAGGAGAUUUUCCAGAGGUUAUAGAAGAGUAUUUGGAGCAUGGGGUUAUGAAAUGCAUUGCCUUUAAUCGCCGUGGUACCCUUCUCGCCGCUGGAUGCUCUGAUGGAAGUUGUGUUAUUUGGGAUUUCGAGACUAGGGGCAUUGCAAAGGAGCUCAGAGACAGAGACUGUACUGCUGCUAUAACAAGUGUUUGCUGGUCAAAGUAUGGUCAUCGUAUUCUGGUGUCUGCUGCUGACAAGUCAUUAACGCUUUGGGAUGUUGUCAGUGGUGAGAAGGUGACACGUAUAGUUCUGCAGCAAACCCCUCUACAAGCUCGUCUACAUCCUGGUUCUUCAAUUCCAUCUGUCUGCUUAGCUUGCCCCCUAUCAUCUGCUCCAAUGAUAGUUGACUUAAGUACUGGAAGUACAACUGCACUCCCAGUCAUUGUUCCUGAUAUGGGCAAUGGUGUUACUCCUCCUUCACGCAAUAAGAACUCUGAUACGACCCCUUUCACACUAACUGCUGCAUGCUUUAACAAGAAUGGGGAUCUGGUAUAUGUGGGGAACUCCAAAGGUGAAAUACUUAUAAUAGAUCACAAUAACGUUAAAGUACUUGCUAUAAUUCCCAUUUCUGGUGGUGCUGUGAUCAAGAACAUUGUUUUCAGCAGAAAUGGGCAGUAUCUCCUGACAAAUUCAAAUGAUCGAAUUAUCAGGAUUUAUGAAAAUCUUCUGCCUCUGAAACAUGGUCUCAAAGCUCUUGAUGACCUUAACGAGACCAUUGAAGAGGAAGAUACUGUUGAGAAGAUGAAGGCUGUUGGAUCCAAAUGCUUAGUUCUUUUUCGGGAGUUUCAAGAUUUAAUCACGAAGAUGCAUUGGAAAGCACCUUGUUUCAGUGGUGAUGGUGAGUGGGUAAUAGCGGCUUCUGCUAGCAAAGGAGAGCACAAGAUCUACAUAUGGGACAGGGUUGGUCAUCUUGUAAAAAUACUCGAAGGUCCCAAGGAAGCAGUGUUUGAUUUAGCGUGGCAUCCUGUCCACCCUAUUAUUGUUUCUGUUUCCUUGACUGGCUUGGUUUAUAUAUGGGCUAAAGACUACACUGAAAACUGGAGUGCGUUUGCUCCGGAUUUCAAAGAGCUCGAGGAAAAUGAGGAGUAUGUAGAACAAGAAGAUGAAUUUGAUCUGGUGCCUGAAACUGAAAAGGUGAAAGAGUCAGAUGUGAAUAAAGACGAUGAAGUUGAUAUUGUGACAGUGGAUAAGGAUCCAUUCAGUGAUUCAGAUAUGUCACAAGAAGAAUUAUGCUUCUUGCCAGCCAUUCCUUGUCCUGAUGUUCCUGAGCAGCAAGACAAGUGUGUGGGAAGUUCUUCAAAGUUGAUAGAUAGUAAUCAUUCUGGAUCCCCUCUUUCGGAAGAGAAUGGACAGAAUGGGCAAGCAGCCAACAAUGCAUCAAGUCCACUUGAAGAGGACACGGGAGGAACACGGUUGAAACGGAAAAGGAAGCCUUCAGAGAAGGGGUUAGAGUUACAGGCAGAGAAGGUCAGGAAGCCCUUGAAACCCUUGAAAUCUUCUGGUAGGUUGUCAAAAACAAAAAAUAAAUCUGUUGUCGAUCAGGAUUAUGGCAACAGUGUAUAUGCAGAUGAUGGCUCUGAUGAUUACUAGUAGAUCAAAAUUGUAAUAUAUUUGUCAUUUGGACUGGCGAAGGAAAAAAAAAGUGAGUGGGAGGAAGGGAAAACCUGUAGCUGGACAGCUUAGAGCUAUUUAUCAAUUUUCUUUUCGAGGGAUUGGCAAACAA